CUUAUUUUGUCUCCUCAACGUCUUUGUUUAUAAAUGGCUGACAAGAAUUAGGGCAUUGCACGCUUCUUUCCUUUCUCAUCUGUAGAGUUCAUAUUGCAUUCUUUUCCGCUUGGAAAGCCAAAGAAAUGUCUGAAGACCCAAAGAUUCACAUUGAUUUCUUCAACUUUGAAGACCCUGUGUAUGAAGACAGUAAAUAUGUUUUGACAAGUCCUAGGUCACUUGAAGCAUGCGCUAAAGUUGGAGUAAAGCCAGUGGACAUUCUGUACAAGCCUUUAACUGAUUUCCAGGAAGAACUUUUACCUCAAGACAUCCCACUAAGAACCAUUUACAAUAUAUAUGAUGAACAUGAGCAAGAAAGACAGAGAGUACUUAAAUUAUGUAAAGAAGAAAGGAAGAAACUUGUUGAUGGAGAAGGUACCACUAAAAAAACAGCAAGGAGGAAGCUAGGCUUAAACUCUUCUUCACAAAAGACAGGCACAGCAACCCAAAGAAGAUCUAGAACACCAAACAGAUCGAAAAUUACCAGUACUAGGUCUAAAUCAGAGGAGGAGAAAACAAAAAGCAGUCUUCAAAGAACAAGAACAGCCUGGGCAACAUCCAUUGGUCAUAAACGAGUUACUAAUGAUGAGUUGAAUAACAGGGUAAAAGAACUGCAUGAAGAAAGCUUGAAAUUAAGAGAAGAAUUAUUGUCCAAGAAAGAAAAAAGAAAUAGGCAAAGUCCAAAACCUCGGCCCAAAUCAACACCAAUAAGAAGAUCAAGAAGCACAUCUAGUUUGGUGUCCAAUGGAAGUUCCUGUUUGUUAAAUAGAAGUACAAUUGAUAGUGCUCAGCCAAUAUCCAAUACUAGACUGAAGAAAACACUGAAUAAAUCUAUUGAUACCAGUCAUGUAGUAGUCACACCAAGGGACCAAAGAAUUUUAGAACUAAUGAUGACAAAGGGUGAACAGGAGAGAGCCACAAACCGUGACAGAUUUAUAGCUGAUCUGACCUGGGAACAUCAGAGAAAGAUAGAAGAAGAAUCCAGGGUACAGUCGGAAAUGAAAAGGCGCAGGAUGCUAGCAGAGGAGAAUAGAAUCAAAUUGUUAAAAAAGAUGGAAUCAGAGAAAAGAAGACAAAGGAGGGAAAAAUCUCAAUUAGAAAGAAAAGAACAGUCACUUCACCAAGCAAUGCAGAAAUGGGAUAUCUCAUCAAGAACUCAACAAAAACAAAAGGAUCUUCAAAUAAAGGAAAGAAAAGACAAAGAACAGUUAAAGAGGAGAAUACAGACCAGUAACAAAAAAGUUAAAACAAGAGAUGAGUUAGAAAUGAAAGACCUGAUGGUACAACAGCAAGAUUUUGAAAUAAAAUCAGUAGCUCAGAGGAAACAGGAUAGGCUAUUAAGAGAUAGUUUAAUGAAAAUGUUGCAUAAUAGGAAAGAGAGAGAUCAGUUUGAAAGUCGUCAUACGGUUGUAGAGAAAGAGUCGAGGGAAAAUCGAAAAGACUUAGAAAAGGAUGCACACAUAAGAAUGACAGAAUCUGAAAGGAAAUAUCAAGAUGUAUUACAACAGAGAGACAUACAGAUAAAUCUUAAUAAAUUAGAAAGACAGAAGAAACAAGCCAUUGUAAGAACUUCUCAACAUAAAAUGGAGGAAGAACUGGAGGAUUGGAGAGAAAAUGUAAUGAACAAAAGAAAAGCGUUGAUGCUGUCUGCUCAGACGGAGCGACAAGCCAGUGAAAGUGCCAUCAAAGCAAUAGAACAUAAAGCAUUAAAGGCUCAUGAUGAUCGUGUGAACAGAGAGAAAAUACAACAAAGAAACAUACAAAAGAUACAGGAUGAAGUUGAAGCCUGGAAACAAGAAACAGAGGAUUAUAUAGCAGUUAAAGACAGAAAAAUACAGACAGCCCAACAAGAAAAAGAUACCACUAUAUUACAGUCAAGGUUUGUAGCAAGUCAGUCAUCACAACUAAGAGACGAACUUAAAGAAAGAUAUGGUGGAGAAAGCUUCGACAAGAAAGUAUUACGGGCAGAACUAUUUAACAAAUUAGGAUUAGCUUAUACCAAACCAGUAACAACAUCGAAGUCAUGUAAAAAACGAUAGUGUUAUAGUAUAGUAGUUAGUUUAUAAUUAAAUUAUAAGUACAGAUCUUGAUUUGAUUACAAGAAAGGUUUUUGUGUGAAGUUAUAGGCAUGCCAAUUUAAAGCAAUGAUUGGUAGGGUAACAGUAUUUCCCACAGAAAACAUUUUUUGUUUAAAGGUGAAGUAGAUGUAUAGAUUUAACAAAAGCAAAUCUGAUUAUCCAAAACAAAA